AUGCCAUGUUUUUGUUAAUGGAAACACUUUGAUAAAUAUCAAAAAGCUAAAAAAGGUAAAUAAAAAAUAAAAACAAAUAGUCUUGAGUCUAAUUAACAAAAAAUUAUAUUGAACAUAAAUGAAAAAUAACCUCAUGAUAAUAAGCAAAAUACCAUUGAUCUUGAUUUUAAUACUCCAAAGAAUUCAGAAAUAGCCUUUAUUAAUUUGAAGAACUCUCCUGAUUUUUAUAAAUCUGCUUAAAAUAUUAAAAGUUUAAAUAGCUCUAUAUAAUCUCCUAUCCGUUCAACUAGACAUAUUAUGCCUUCUUACUAAAAAAGCAACUUUUAAAAUUUAUAAAAUUAAGAAUAAAAUACAUCCUUACAUUACAAAAAAAAUGUAGAAGAAUUUGAACAAAAACCUAUUUAAAAGACAAUUGAAGAUAAAAAGGAAACUUAAAGUAUACAUAUAGUUUCAGAGAUUGCUUCUAUAUCGGAUUUAAAUUUGGAAGAAAACACUUAAGUAAAUUAGAUGUUUAAUGUGGCAUUUUUUUAAUCACAAUAUGAGCUCUUAUAAAAGAUGAAAGAGGACAUUUAUAAAAAUUAAUAACAAAGUAGUGAGUAAUUAUCUAAUAAUCAUUGA